UUGCGCCUUCCAAUAGAUGGCGACGAGGAACAGGAUGAAGAUGGCAAGAAGAAAAGGCCCGGUUUUGUUCCCUGUUUGAGCGUCCCCAAAAUCCCAGAUGGAGAAAAAGUGGAUUUUGACGACAUCCACCGCAAGCGAAUGGAGAAAGACCUGACGGAACUCCAGACUCUAAUCGAGGAUCACUUUGAGAAGCGCAAGAAGGAGGAGGAGGAGCUCCUCAGCCUCACCACCCGCAUCGAGAAGCGCCGGUCCGAGAGAGCCGAGCAGAUGAAGAUCAGAGCGGCGAGGGAAAAAGAACGACAGAACAAAAUGGCCGAGGAGAAAGCGAGGAAGGAGGAGGAAGAGGCCAAGAAGAAAGCCGACGAAGACGCCAGGAAGAAGUUGAUCCUGAGCAACCUGAGCUUCACCGGCUAUAAACAGACGCAGACGGGAACGAAGCGGGUAACGGAGCGAGAGAAGAAACGGAAGAUCCUCAACGACCGCCGCCGGGAGUUAAACAUUGAUCACCUGAGGGAGGACAAACUCAGGGAAAAGGCCAAAGAGUUGAUGGAUUGGAUUCGGCAGCUGGAGUCCGAGAAGUUUGACCUUCAGUACAAAUACAUGAAGCAGAAAUACGAGGUGAAUGUGCUGAGGAACCGCGUCAGCGACCAUCAGAAAAUUUCAAAGGGCAGCAGGAGCAAGCGAGGCCUGAGGAAGUAACAACAACGCUCUAAUGUUUCCUUACAAUUUGCCUUCCAGUAUAAAAAAUAUUAAGCCAUCUUCAUGAUUGUGAAAUCGAGUGAAUAAAAGCGUCACGAUGA